AUGAAGUUCUCCUUCGGUGCUAUCUUGGCUCUGGCAGCCACAGCCAUGGCGGGCCCCAUGGAUCUUGAAGCUCGUGCUCUCGGAGAGGGAAAUGAACUUCGUGAGGGCAGCUGCAAGGACAUUACUUUCAUUUUCGCCCGUGCCAGUACCGAGCCUGGUCUUCUUGGUAUUUCCGUGGGCCCCGCCAUCUGUAAUGCGUUGAAGAGGGACAAGCCGGGCAAGGUCGCUUGCCAGGGUGUGGGACCCAAGUACACGGCGGAUCUGCCAUCUAACGCUCUCCCCGGCAACACAUCCCCCGCUGCCAUUGCGGAGUCCAAGGGUCUGUUUGAGCAGGCUGCUUCCAAGUGCCCUGACACGCAGAUCCUUGCUGGUGGAUACAGUCAGGGCACUGCCGUCAUGGAUGACUCCAUCAAGAAGCUCUCCUCCGACGUCCAGGCGAAGAUCAAGGGUGUUGCCCUGUUCGGAUACACCCGUAACGCCCAGGAGCGUGGUCAGAUCCAGGGCUUCGACAAGUCCAAGACCAAGAUCUACUGUGCCGUUGGAGACAUGGUCUGCACGGGCACUCUGAUCAUUACCCCCGCCCACUUCACCUACGUUGCCAACGCCGGUGCCGCUACCAAGUGGCUGGAGUCGAAGUUGGAUUAA